CAUUGUUUAAUGAUAUUCAGAAGGUCCCUCAGUCAAUGUGCUGAAGGAAGGCUCAACAUGUGGCUGAUCUGGAUCCUCUUCAUUGAAGUCCAUCUGCACACCUGUGCUGCAGCUCUAGUGAAUUCAACAGAACCCUCCAGUGGAAGCACAGUGACAGGGAGUACCCAGCUGAGACUGAAUGGGAGCAGCCCCUGCACUGGGAGGGUGGAGGUUCUCUAUAACGGGCACUGGGGAAGAGUGUGCAGCCACUCCUGGGAUCUGCCUGAUGCUGAGGUAGUCUGUAAACAGCUGGAGUGUGGGGCUGCUGUUUCUGCACCCCAUUAUAAACGCCCAGGCCGCCUCCCUGAAGACAGAGUGCUGAAUAGCGUGGGCUGCCUGGGGAACGAGACACAGCUGACGGAGUGCAAGUCCAGUCCGUGGGGGAGGAAGGACUGUCAGCAUGACUGGGAUGCUGCUGUGAUUUGUGCAGAAUCUCAGGAAGGAAAAGAAGCACUGGAAAGAGAAGAACUGCCGGUUAAGGGGAUCUGCCAGUAUCCCUUCAUCAGGUCCAGAGUGGGGAUAAACCUAGCCAUAGACAUCGAACUUGGCAAUGGCGUUUACCUUACAGAAAUCAACGCAUAA